AGCAGCCACCAGCGAAGCGAGCCAAGCAGGAGUCUGAGGCAUCGCGCACUUGGACGGUAGCGUGGGCUGCUCGCGACGCACACAGGAAGCUCCGCUGCUGCUCAAUCGCGAUGCCUAACACAUCUGUCCGCCUUCUCUGCAGCAUCGCAGCUGCCGCUGCGCUCGCGGCGCCGCGCUGCGCCAGGCCAACGCAGACGAAGCUCGCCGCGGCGACGGCCGACCCCGCCGUCGCGUCGCGCGAGGCUUUUGAUGACGUCGUCCAGAAGACGUACGGUCGCUACCCGGUCACGAUUGUCCGCGGCAGCGGCUGCGAAUUGGAAGACGACGCCGGGCGGACGUACCUGGACUUCGUGGCGGGCAUCAGCACCUGCUGCCUGGGCCACGGCGACCAGCGCCUCGUCGACGCGAUCACGAAACAGAUCCAGGAGGUGCACCACGUGAGCAACCUGUACUACAUCCCGAACCAGGGGGCCCUGGCGGCGUGGCUCGUCAAGAACACGGCCGGCCUCGACAAGGCCUUCUUCUGCAACUCCGGGGGCGAGGCCAACGAGGCCGCCAUCAAGCUCUCCCUGAAGCACGCGGUCCAGGAGCGAGGCCUCAAGGACCCCGUCAUCCUCACGGCCUACGGCUCCUUCCACGGGCGCACCAUGGCCACGAUCAGCGCGACGGCGCAGCCCAAGUACCACGGGCCCGAAGGGUGCUGGCAGGUGAAGGGCCUCGCGGAGCACUUCGAGUUCAACGAUAUCGCGUCGCUCGAGGCGGCGUUCGAGAAGCACGAGGUCGCGGCGAUCCUGGUGGAGCCGAUCCAGGGCGAGGGCGGCGUGCGCGUCGGGACGCAAGAAUUCCUGCAGAAGGCGAGGGAGCUCUGCGACGCGUCGGGCGCGCUCCUCGUCUUCGACGAGGUCCAGUGCGGCGUCGGCCGCACGGGCCGGCUCUGGGGCCACGAGCACGUUAAUGUAAUACCGGACGUGCUCACGUGCGCCAAGGCCCUGGGCGGCGGCGUGCCGAUCGGGGCCAUGCUCUGCGCGGACAAGGCGAACGUCUUCGCGCCGGGCGACCACGCGACGACGUACGGCGGCAACCCCCUCGCCUGCGCCGCCGCGCUGGCCGUCGCGAGGGCCGUCGACGACGACGGCCUCGUCGCGAACGCGGCCGCGCGCGGCGCGCAGCUCGAGGCGGGCCUCCGCGCCAUGGGCGACAAGUACGCGGGGAAAAUCACGGAGGUCCGGGGCCGCGGCCUGCUGCUGGGCCUGGAACUCUCGUCGGAGCUGGGCGGCGCGGCGAAGUUCGUCCAGGCCGCCGCGGACCGCGGGCUCCUGCUCGUGCCGGCCGGCGCGGACGUCGUGCGCUUCGUGCCGCCACUCGUCGUCAAGGCCGAGCAGGUCGACGCCGCGCUCGGGAUCCUCGAGGAGUGCCUCGCCGAGGCCUGA